GACCUUCCGUCAGUUACCCGCAGGUAGUCGGGGAGUGUGUUCCGACAUCUCCGCUGGCGUUUCCACACACUCGCGCACUCGCACCCAGCGUGGUUUACCUUCCGCAGAAGAGACAGGGAGUGUUAGCGACUCCCAAGUUUCCAGCCGUCGUUCCUUUGCCGGAUUCUCGCGAUGGCUUUCCUCCGAGCCUCUGUGACAGUGGCGGUCCUGGCUGCUGUGACCGUGGCGCAGCUUCCCUUCUCGGUCAUCCCGACCAUUUCCGACGAGCUGAGGGCCAAGGCGUUGAACACGAGAGCCACUCGGUUCAUGCGCCUGUGGGAGUUCGCGCUCAAGGUGGACGGUCAGGGUCCAGGGCCGGCCAUUAGGGUCAACUUCGAAGCCAAGACGAUCCUCGCGCCAGGGCCCCUCGCCUACCUCAACCUGAUCCCCCAGGACGCCUCCGACCCCCUCUACGGGAGGUCGAACCCCAUGCAGGCCCUCCGGAGGAAUUUCCUGCUCGACCACCUCGUCCUCGAUCCCAUUGAGGCCUCGGACCCCAAGCUAGAGGAGGGAGACGGAGUCCGCGCUCUCACCUUCACCGGGAAGGACAUCUACUUCAAGAAGGACAAGCAGGGCAACAUCACCGUGGGGGGCGUGGCCGUCCAGGAGGUGACGAGCCUGAAGGACGGCACGCAGGUCUACAUCUUGGCCGACAUCUUGUUCGACAACCGAGCGAAGGUCCGCACCGCCUUCAACCAGCGCCAGGCCAUCGCGGAGGAGCUCAAGAAGCCCCUAGGGCCCCCUCUCGACAUCCCUGACACGCUGUCAUCCUUCCCCGCCAUCCUGCGCAGCCCCGCCCCCCCUCCGCCGGGAGUGGUUGGGCCCCCCGCCAUCCCGACGUUAUCGGAGGACUCGUUGGUGCAGCCGCCCGCCCCGCCGCCCUCCUUCAGCGCCGCCGGCCCCCCGGCCGCUCCACCGUCCAGCGUCGCCGGGCCCCCCGGCCCUCCCUCCAACUUCGCCGGGCCCCCCGGCCUUCCCUCCAGCUUCGCCGGGCCCCCCGGCCCUCCCCCCUUCCGAGCGCAGUUCUCCGCCCCAGGAGCUCCCCUUCCGCUGUCCCCCGCAGCCCCCCCUGCGGCGCCCCCAGCAGUCAUCACGAACGCCGACGACGCCAUCAUCUUCCCGGCUGAGAGACAAAAGCGCCAAUUACAGCUUCCUGCUCCCGAAGGCGAAGCUGACCUUGACCCCGCGAUGUGCUGCGACCCCGGUGACCUGGCCAUACCCGGGGGCCCAGACGCUGAUCUCUCUCCCGGGGGGGCACCCAGGGAGGCACCCGGGGACCUGUACAGCACACCUGGAGACGGAAUUCCACGAGGCGCCAGCCCCUCGGCAGGAGACAACCGCCCCUUGUCCGCUCUCACGGCCAUCGAACAGUUCGCGACCCUCUUCGAGCUCUCCGGGUCUGGCGAAGACAACGUGGUGGGCGUGCUGCAGCGGGAGGGCCUCACCACCUUCCUCGCCCUCCUGGAAACCUCGGGGCUUCUCGGAACCCUCGUCUCAGGAGAAAACGGCCCCUUCAUGGUCCUCGCUCCGUCUGAAUCUGCCUUCGGCCGUCUGUCCCGCGACGACCUCCGCCAGCUGGCUCGUGGGGACGACCUGUCCUUUCACCUCGUGCCCCUCCGAGGUCAGUUCCCCCCCCAGGUCACAGACGACGCCGUCUUCCUCACCCUGGAUGGCUCGGAGGUCAGGUUCAACGUGUACGAUGGAGUAGUCUACGUCAACGGGGUGGCUGUCCUGAAGGAAAACAUCACAUUCCCACACGGGUCCAUUUACGUCCUGGAGUCGGUGCUGCAGCCUCCUUUGGGCGACCUUCAGGGCGUCCUUGUCGGCAGCGGGACGUCUGUGUCCCGUGUCAACACCCUCCUCACUGUUACCAGACUCCUGGACACUGGCACCUACACCCUCCUGGCUCCCCCGGACUCGGCCAUCACCUCAAAGGGUUACACGUGGCCGCGGCUUCUCAUGGACAGGGCGAAGGGGCGGGACUUGAUGCGCCGACACACGAUCCUGGGGGCGCUGUACACCGAGGGCCUCCUGAAGCGCCGCACCAUCAGGACAUUGGCAGGAACCAGCGUCACCUUCAGGAGGGACAUAGACGGCACAAUAUCUGCAAAUGGAGUCCCCUUGCUGAAGUCCAACAUGACGGCCUUGAACGGCGUGGUGCACCUGUCGGCUGACGUCAUCCCGGAGUCUGACCUCGGGUCCGACCCGACCAGCCUCCCUCACCCGUUGCUCGGCCAGACCGAAGCCUCGGUCUUUGCCAGUCUGGGCUUCGGGGGCGACCUGGUCCCGAGCAUCCCCACGAUCUCGGGGCUCUACGACCUCCCUGAUCACGACCCCUUCCAGGACUUCGUCCCAGAGCCCGAGACGAGCACCGUGGCGCCCCUCCCGGGGUCCCAGCGCCGCCCCGCGUUAUACGGCGGGCCGCCGGACCUCUUCCCGACAACCAACAACAUCCAGGCCGGAACGAGUCCCCAGUGGCCGCUCAACAGAGCCUCAAGUCCUGCGCUUUCAAGCUUCCUCGAUAUGCUGGACAGGACUUUCGAUGUCGACGGCGGCCUAUCGCCGGCGGGUGUCACCAGAUCCUCCGCCCUCGGCAGCACAGAAGCCCCAGGAGGGAACACGGAUUUCCUUCUCAUCGUCGACACCACGCCCAGCCAAGAGAAACCGCUGGGAAGUGUUCCACCGGUGUCUGGAGGGCCUUUCGUGGUCGGCUUUCCAGGAAGGGCAAAGGAGUCCUCUAGACCAGGGCCAGGCAUCGUCCCUGUGGUUCCUGAGGGCGUUGCAGGGUGCCCUCCCGACGAAGUAGGGGCGGCGGACGAGAGGUCUCAACUGAAGGUUCUGACGCUCCUGGAAAGACUCAACCUCACCAGGUUCUUAGACCUUGUGAAGCACGCGGGAUUGGCACUCACUCUCAGUCUCGAAGGGCCUUGGACGAUCUUCGCCCCGACCAACGAGGCGAUCGAAGCCAUCCCGUCGGAGGCGUUGCAGGAGAUGUCUGACAACCCAGCCUUCCUACGGCGCCUGAUCUCUUACCACCUUGUCCCGGGGAGGUUCACCAGCAGCGGCUCUUUCUCCCCCGGCAGACAACUCCCUACACUCCACGCCGGAUACACUCUGGUCCUCUCUUAUUACACCGACGGACCUGUGGCGCGCUGGGUGACAGGAGGCAGCGUCGUCACGGACCUCGACGAGCGGGGGAGCAAUGGGGUCGUCCACGUCAUCGACCGGGUCCUGUACGCCCCUUACGGCAACGUCUUCACCACCAGCAGGCUGUCUCCGGUUCUCAGCAUCUUCACCAGCUUCGUUGCCGAUGAUGAGGUCCUCAGCUUGCUCUUCACGGAAUCGGGUCCCCUCACGGUUUUCAUUCCGUCUGACGCCGCCCUUCGAAACUACUCCUUCCCAGACGACAUUCAAGCAAGACGAGGCUGGGUGCUAUCGCACGUUGUGACGGGCACGUGGUAUACAGCGGGCUUUUCCAACACUUGGCCACUCGUGACCGUCAACAACGACACGUUAGAAACCACGACCGCAUCCGGCGAUAGGGAAAUGAUUACGGUGAAUGGCGUUGAAAUAACGUAUGCUGAUAUAACCGCAUCUAAUGGAGUUAUACAUGUAAUUGAUUCCAUUCUCUUUCCGCCAACUUAGUUUUAAAGAAAACGGAACUCGUCUAUAUUAGUUUACCAAAUAGGAGGGACUGCUGUAGUUUGUUGUAGCCUAGAAUCGUGACUAUUAUGAUCUCUACUCUCACGCUUUGUUUGUCUGUGUAUGUGUAGGCUAGUGAGAAUUUAGCCGUGCCAAAGUUGAUGACUGUUUUAGUUUUAAGGUUUUCGCAGUUAGGUAGGCUAUGCAUAGUUGCGGAAAUUUACUUAUUUUUUUUGCAAAUCAAAAAUUCCCAUCCUUACUUAUCAACCUGAUUAAAUCGAUUUGUUUUUUGUAUAGUAAAUGUCAGACAAUUAUGAUCUUUCUCUUUGCUUUCCGCCGACUUUCUCGCUGUUAAGUAUCCCUUUCAUAUGGAAUAUAAAUAACCCAAAGAAAUGUGGCAACUUCAUGUACAAUGCUUAACACAGGAGGCUAUACCAGGCCUGUCGUCAGAUUCCUAACCCAUUAUAUUGAGAAUAAUUUUUUCUUUAUUUAUUUUUAUUCAUAACCCAUUGCAUUGUGGGGAGAUUUCUCUUUAUUUAGACAUAUUUUGUAUUAUAAUAUAUGCAGGGAAACUUUAUGUGAAACAAACAGUUGCACAUAUGUUGUAUAGCAUAGCAAAGAUUGUGAAUAAUGGAAGUUUUUUAUUUUAAACUUCUAACUUAAACUUAAUUUCUAUAUUAAGUUUAAGUUUAAUUUCUAUAUGUUGGGAAUGGUGACAGGUCUGGGCUAUGAUACGUAUGUUGAAAUGCUGUUACCAAUUCUUCUCAGUUAACACAAAGGAAUAUUCCUCAUGCCAAAAAUGACUCAUAGAAUUUUACUUAUGUAUGGAAUGCAUACACACAAACACACACACAGACUUCAAAACCACAAACAUACAUGUGCAUAUAGGCUAUACACACACACACACACACACACACACACACACACACACACACACACACACACACACACACACACACACACACACACACACACACACACACACAAAUUUGAAAGUCAUAUAACCUGUCAGUAUUUGUUCAAUAAGAAUACUGAUGAAAAAAAUUGAUGAGUAAAGAUGAUUUUUUUUCCAGUUUGCAAACUUUGUCAUUACUGAUAAUUGGGCCGGUCCCACUUUUGUUAAAGGUUCAUUAAUGGAAGUUUCUUUUGACAGAAAUAAAGGAAUUAUAGAAUAAA